AUGGAGCCACGACAGGCCAGUUCAUUUAGAUCGUUGACCUUAGAUAGGCCAGACGGUGGGAUGUCAAUGGCAAUGGAGAUUGUGCAUAUGACAUUGGGGUGGAAUAAGAGGAUUGAAGAAUAUAUAGGCCAGACGAGGGGAUGUCAAUGGCAAUGGAGCUUGUGCCUACUGCCCUUUGAGGCUUCUUCUUCAACUUUAGUUGUUGCCAGACUCUUAGAAUCACUUGGUGAAGCUUUUCUGAGAAAUCUGACAAUGGAUCCCUCCGAACAAGCUCAUAAUGGGGAACAAGAGCAUAAUGGGGUUAAGGAGCCUGAACAAGAACAUAAUGGGGCUGCAGAUCCUUUGCCGCCUCCCCCGCCUGUUCCUCCAAACGUUACUCCAAUCAAAGCGGAAUCAGAACAGGCAGUAAAAAAGGUUUUCCGUGCUCCAAUGGCUAGACGAGGCACGGGGACCAAGGGAAAUAAGGUUCCUAUUCUGACUAAUCACUUCAAAGUGAAUGUCUCCAAUGUUGAUGGGCACUUCUUUCAUUACAGUGUUGCCCUGGCCUAUGAAGAUGGUCAUCCUGUAGAUGGGAAAGGCGUUGGAAGAAAAGUGUUGGACAGAGUCCACCAAACUUACGAUACUGAGUUGGCUGGCAAAGAAUUUGCCUAUGAUGGGGAGAAAAGCCUGUUUACUGUAGGCGCACUUCCGCGAAACAAACUCGAGUUUACUGUUGUGCUUGAUGAUGUUACUUCAAAUAGGAACAAUGGAAAUGCUAGUCCUGGCAGACCUGGAAGUCCUAAUGAGAGCGACAAGAAAAGGUUAAGGCGACCAUAUCGAUCCAAAACUUAUAAAGUGGAGAUAAGUUUUGCUGCCAAAAUCCCCAUGCAGGCGAUUGCAAAUGCCUUGCGCGGUCAGGAAUCUGAAAACUCCCAAGAAGCCUUGAGAGUUCUGGAUAUCAUUUUAAGGCAGCAUGCUGCAAAGAAGGGUUGCCUACUGGUUCGUCAAUCUUUCUUUGACAAUAAUCCGAGGAAUUUCACUGAUGUUGGAGGAGGAGUUCUUGGCUGUCGUGGAUUCCACUCGAGUUUCCGAACCUCUCAGGGAGGUUUGUCUUUGAACAUAGACGUAUCCACGACUAUGAUAAUUCAGCCUGGUCCUGUAGUAGACUUUCUUAUUGCGAACCAAAAUGUGAAGGAUCCCUUUUCUAUUGACUGGGCAAAGGCAAAACGUGUCCUAAAGAAUUUGAGGAUAACGACGAGUCCUACUAACCAGGAGUACAAAAUUACUGGAUUAAGUGAGAGGCCUUGCAAAGAGCAAUUGUUCUCACUGAAGCAGAAAAACAAGGAUGAUGCUGGUGAAGCUCAAACCACUGAAGUGACUGUCUAUGAUUACUUUGUUAAUAGCCGCAAUAUUGAUUUGCGCUAUUCUGCCGAUUUACCUUGUAUCAAUGUUGGCAAGCCAAAACGUCCAACUUACUUCCCUAUUGAGCUAUGUUCCUUGGUGACCUUGCAACGGUACACCAAAGCUCUCUCCACCUUUCAGAGAGCUUCUCUUGUGGAGAAGUCACGUCAAAAGCCGCAAGAGCGGAUGUCAACUCUGAGCGGUGCUUUGAAAAGUAAUAACUACGAUUCGGAGCCUCUGCUUCGUUCUUGCGGCAUUUCUAUCAGCAGUAACUUUACACAGGUUGAUGGCCGUGUUUUGCCAACCCCGAAGUUGAAAGCUGGAAAUGGAGAUGAUAUAUAUGCAAGAAAUGGAAGGUGGAACUUCAAUAAUAAGAAAUUUGUUAAUCCCAGCAAGAUAGAACGAUGGGCUGUUGCCAACUUUUCAGCUCGCUGUGACGUACGUGGCCUUGUCAGAGAUUUGAUUAAAGUUGGAGAAAUGAAAGGAAUUACUGUGGAGGCUCCGUUUGAUGUCUUUGAAGAGAACCCACAGUUCAGACGGGCUCCACCACUUGUUCGGGUAGAAAAGAUGUUUGAAGAAAUUCAGUCAAAGCUUCCUGGGGCUCCCAAGUUCCUUCUCUGUUUACUUCCGGAGAGAAAAAACUGUGACAUAUACGGUCCAUGGAAACGUAAAAAUCUGGCUGAUUUUGGGGUCGUUACUCAAUGCCUUGCUCCCACCAGAGUUAAUGAUCAGUAUCUGACUAAUCUUCUUUUGAAGAUCAACGCAAAGCUUGGUGGCUUAAAUUCUAUGUUAGCCAUCGAACAAAAUCCGUCUAUUCCAAUGGUAUCCAAGGUUCCAUCCAUAAUUCUUGGGAUGGAUGUGUCACAUGGCUCCCCUGGGCAGUCUGAUAUCCCAUCCAUUGCUGCGGUAGUCAGCUCGAGGCAAUGGCCAUCGAUCUCUCGUUACCGAGCUUGUGUUCGUACUCAGUCCCCGAAGUUGGAAAUGAUAGAUUCUUUGUAUAAACGUGUGUCCGACUCUGAGGAUGAGGGAAUAAUCAGGGAACUUUUGCUAGAUUUCUACGUCAGUUCUGGAAAAAGGAAGCCUGAUCAGAUAAUCAUAUUCAGGGAUGGUGUGAGUGAAUCACAGUUUAAUCAAGUUCUCAACAUUGAAUUGAAUCAAAUUAUAGAGGCCUGCAAGUUUCUAGAUGAGAAGUGGUCACCCAAAUUCGUCGUAAUAAUUGCACAGAAGAAUCACCACACAAAGUUCUUUCAGCCGGGGUCCCCGGACAAUGUGCAGCCAGGAACGAUAAUUGAUAACAAAGUUUGUCAUCCCCGAAACAAUGACUUCUACCUGUGCGCUCAUGCUGGGAUGAUAGGGACGACCCGACCAACUCAUUACCAUGUUCUGUUAGACGAGAUCGGUUUCUCACCAGAUGAUCUACAGGAGCUUGUGCACAACCUUUCUUAUGUUUACCAGAGGAGCACUACUGCUAUAUCUGUCGUUGCUCCUAUCUGCUAUGCUCAUUUGGCUGCUACCCAGUUGGGUCAGUGGAUGAAGUUUGAAGACGCAUCAGAGACAUCAUCCAGCCACAAUGGGGCGGCACCUGCUGGAGGUGGCCCUCCUGUGCCACAGAUGCCUAAGUUGCAGGAGAGUGUCCGUAAUUCAAUGUUUUUCUGUUGA